CUCACCGCCAUCGGUGACGAAUGGCGCCAAAGAAACGGAAGAACAACGAUGGAGCAGCCGGUGGUGAGUCCGCCACCGCCCCAUCGCAGCUGCACUCCGUCACAUGCGGUCGGGAGGAGGGUGAUGAGCUGCUCAAGGAGGCCGCCGGAUACGUCGACGGCCUGAAAGAGGUGUUCACGACGACGGCAUCCAAGGCCGACAAGGAGCUGGAGCAGCUGGCGGGCGAGAUCAAGCAGCUGAUCACAGACAACGGAGGCACCAUCGAACCGCAGCAGACGAGCGGCAAGAUGCAGCUCAACGUGGGCGGGCGGGUCUUUGAGAUUGCCGUGACAGGACUCCUGCAUCCCAAGAUGAAGAUGACUUACCUCUCGACGCUGCUGCUGCACUUCAACGACCAGCUACCCAAGGACGCCAAUCAGCUGCCAUUCCUCGAGAUGCAUGCACCCUACUUCAAAUGGCUGCGCGACCAGCUGGCGCUCCUGGAGAGCCGCCACCUCGACGAGAUCACCCUCCAUUCGCCAGAGGCCGGCGACCCAUCGUAUGCCGAGUACCAUUCGCUGUUCAUCACAAAGAAGCUGGGCGGCGACAUACAGGGGCAGCGGUGGGCGCCUGGUGCAUCGACAGCAGCAGCAGCGGCGGCGGCUGGAGGGCGAGGCGAGCAGCAGGAUGUGGAGAUGGCCGACGGCAACGGUGGUGAGGGUGGGCGCGAGGGGGGUGGUGAGGGUGAGGGCAGUGGCGAUGGGGUGGGAGUAGAUGAGGCGUUUGAGAAGACCGAGCGGUACAUGAGCAACUAUCGGCGGGUACGUGAGGGGCUGCAGAAGCAGAAGGAGGUCAUGGAGGCCUUCCUGUCGGCGAUGCGGCCGUUCGUCAAGGGGCAUAGCAGCAAUGAGGAUAUCGAGGUGUUGACGCUGACGGUGUGUGGGGACAAGGUGUCGGUCCUCCGCCGCACCAUCGCACCACUCGGACCAGACCAUGCACUCGUCAAGCGAUACAAUCCGUAAGGACCGUAAGGCUGGGGAUCUUGUCUGGUGUCCUAUGUGCCUGUGUGUGUGUGUGUGUGUGUGCGUGUGUUUCUUCAGCGACGAGUGGCCCGACCAGGAGGCCCACCAGACGUCGCUCAAGUUCCUGCAGCUCGUCGUCGACUUCGGCCGCCGCCUGGUCAUGCCGUCCGGCCGGUUUGUGCAUCCGCCGGUGGUGGCGCCGCACGAGAAGGAGAUGUUCGUCGUCGAGCUGGGCAUGUACGGCCUCAACACGAUGCCGCCAGUCGGUGAGGCGGCGGGGGCGUCCGCUGUGAUCAAGACGGCCGACGAGUGGCUGGCGGUGAUGAAGAUGACCGACAAGAAAAUCGCAACGCCGCCAUCGCUGCUGUACAAGUGAGCUGCAGCACUCACGCGCCACACGCGACAAGAAAAUCGCAACGCCGCCAUCGCUGCUGUACAAGUGAGCUGCAGCACAGGCAGACGACAGGACGAGACCACAUUGUCCUUCUGUGUGUCCAUCAGGGGUAGUCGCGACACGUAUGCCUUCCCCAAGAUGCUCGAGUGUCUGGCCGACAAGAGCGGCCUGCUCUUCGCCCUCCGAGAUGGCCACACACACCGAUUCGGGGCCUUCAUCGACGGAGAGAUCGACCCGCCCGAGGACAACACAAAGAGCAACCUCUACAAGGCGCCCGCCUUCUUCUUCUCGCUGUCGGGUGCGUACGAGACGCCGACCAAGAUCGAGAUCCCCGAGGAGAGGCAGUCAGUGGCGGUGGCCGGCACACAGGGGGCGGUGACCAACCGCAAUGGCGAGCCGUGUGGGAACGUGUACAUCGGUCGCGGCUCUCUCUGGCUGGGAUUCGCCCAGCCAGGUCCGGCGGCCAACCUCAGCAGCUGCCAGCAGUGGAUCGCGCGGGAGCACCUUCCGGCGGGAUACAACGGGGCGACCAACGAGCAUGGCGAGGGCACAUUGGCACAGUCCCUGAACUUCACGUGCGAUGAGAUGGAAAUCUGGCAGGUGGGUGGGUGAGGGUAACGGAGGGCACAUAUCGUUGGCUGGCUGUGGACAGCACUGCUGCAUGUGUUCUGUGUGCAGGUGGUGAGCGGCUGAACCGAUCUGACAGCACACGUAGACAGCGGCCAAGGGAGGGUGAGACCACACAACACUGCAGCACACAGCAUCACACACAGGAGGCAAGCCGACGCUUCUCUCUCUCUCUCUGUGUGUGUGUGUGUGUGUGUGUUUCAGGUGGUAUGUGUAGACGGAGGGAGGAGGAGCCUUGCUGCAGCUUGAUGGAUGGCCGCAGUGUGUAGUUAGCUUGAUAGCGGCUGACUCAGACCCGACAGCAUGACGGCCUUAUGACGAAUUCGUGUCCAUGUGCAGA